GAAGCGCAGCCGGCGUGGCUACGGUCUCUCACCUCGACGCGGUUCCAGACCUACUGUCGCGGGCUGCCGGCGGCCCUCGCGGGUCUUCGGUGUCCCUCCUCCAUCCAGUGUGGGCUGGUCCCCACCCCUGGUCUUCCCGUCCCUGACUGGCUCGCCCCGCCCCAUGGCGCUGCAGAGCUCGGGAGUGGCCUUCCGCAGGAUCCUGUCCCACUUCCCCGAAGAGUUGAGCCUGGCUUUCGCCUAUGGCUCGGGGGUGUACCGCCAGGCGGGGCCCAAUUCAAACCAGAAGAAUGCCAUGCUGGACUUCGUGUUCACUGUAGAUGACCCUGUUGCCUGGCAUUCAAAGAACCUAAAGAAGAAUUGGAGCCACUACUCUUUCCUAAAACUUUUGGGGCCCAAGAUAAUCACCUCAGUUCAGAAUAACUAUGGCGCCAGAGUUUACUACAAUCCCUUGAUCCUGUGCGAUGGUAGGCUUAUCAAGUAUGGGGUGAUUAGCACUCGUGCCCUGAUUGAAGACCUGCUGGGCUGGAAUAACUUGUAUGUUGCUGGCCGCCUCCAGAAACCGGUGAAAAUCGUAGCAAUGAAUGAGGAUGUCACCCUGCGAUCAGCCCUGGAUAAGAACCUGAGGAGUGCGGUUACCACAGCCUUCCUCAUGCUCCCUGAGAGCUUCUCUGAGGAAGAACUGUUUGUGGAGAUCGCUGGGCUGUCCUACGCAGGUGACUUCCGCAUGGUAAUCGGGGAGGAAAAGAUGAAGGUGCGGAAUAUCGUGAAGCCCAACGUAGCCCAUUUCCGGGAGCUGUAUGGCAGCAUACUGCAGGAGGACCCGCAGGUGGUAUACAAGAGCCAGCAGGGCCACCUGGAGAUCGAUAAAAGCCCAGAAGGACAGUUCACUCAGCUCAUGACACUGCCCAAAACCUUACAGCAGCAAAUAAAUCGCCUCAUGGACCCUCCUGGGAAGAACAGGGACGUGGAGGAGACCCUACUGCAGGUCGCACACGACCCGGACUGUGGCGACGUGGUCCGCCUAGGGCUUUCAGCCAUCGUGCGACCUUCUAGUAUAAGACAGAGCGCCAAAGGCAUCGUUACUGCUGGCCUGAAGAGAUCAGUGAUUUAUAGUUCACAAAAGCUGCGCAAAAUGUGGAAAGGAUGGCUGACGAAAACCUGAUUUGGCUUGUAUAUAUAUAUAUGUUAGAUGAAUAAAGUGUUUGAU